AUGAAAGGGCUGCCAUCAGAACUCCUCCAUGGCGAGUGGCAAUGUCAGCGCGAAAUCGAUCUGCUGAAGCGCACACUGGUCGCACAUCAGCAACUCACUUCGCGUCUACAAGCCAUGGCGCGUGAGCUGCGUGGAGAGCGCUACUAUCCGCUGCAGACGGAGACCAAACAGCUACGUGUGCGCGUGUAUCACACGUACAUCCCACCCGUAGAGGCCGCAGAGAACACACCGGCAACGCCUGGCAGGUGGACGCUCAAGAUCGAAGGCAUCGACGCAGCAGCAGGCGAACCUACAAUCGUGAAAUUCUCGAGCUACUUCAGGAAGGCGUCCAUCGAGCUGGACCCGCAUCUGUACUCGGACCACGUGAUUGAGUGGACAAGCUUUCAAAAGACGAGUCAUGACGUGGACGGGAUUGAAGUGUCGCGGACUGGAAGCACGGCCCACACAGUGAAAAUCAAGCUGCUACCAGCCCAAACGCCUGAGCGGUUCACCAUUUCGCCUGAGUUGGAAGCAGCAAUUGGUCAAUACUUGGGUCCCGCCAAAGCAUACACCAAGCAGGAUAUCGUGCUGGCCAUGUGGGAAUACAUCAAGCUGCGCAACCUCAUCAAGGCGGACGACUGCCGGGUGGUUCAGUGCGAUGACAGGCUGUUGAAGGUGCUCAACUGCGUGUCGUUGCCCUUCACGUCGAUUGUCGUGGCACUCAAGCAGCAUCUGACGCCUAUCAACCGUAUCAAUCUCGAGUACACACUGAGUCUGUCGACAGCCUGUGAAUCCGAACUACUGGAUGAAAAGUUCUUCGAUAUCUCCGUAGCAGCAACGUCCGAGCUUGAUAAAUCUCGUGCUCAUGCACUGAAGGAGUGCGAGGAACUUCAACAAGACCAGAAAAAGGAGCUGACGUUGCUUAAAGAACAGGAAUUGGACAUUCUAGAGCGUCUGCAAAUGUACACGAGGAAGAAAGAAUGGAUGACCCAGUUUGCUGAAGAUCCGUGCGGCUUCAUGGCAGACGUCAAGAAGUCUCAGCUCGCUGACGAGGAGAUUUUAGCCGCCGAAACCGGGCUAGAUGAGUUCAACAUCCCACGUCCCCAGCAGUUCACACAGCCGUGGGUUCGCGAGGUAGUUGGAGAGCUGCUCACGACACGCCCCACUAACUAA